AUGUUUGCCUGUUGGUUAAUUGGGCAUUUACAAUUAUCAAUGCUUUGGGUGUUUUUAUUUAUUGUUGUUUAUAUUUUAAAAACACGUUCAUGGAUUAAACAGGAACAAAAAAGACUUUGUCUUCGAAAUUAUAUACUUCAAGAGAGGGAAACUAUUAUUGCACAAUUUAGUCAAACUACCAAUGAUCUGCCAGCUUGGGUUCAGUUUCCGGAUAUUGAAAGGAUUGAAUGGGUCAACCGAAUACUUCAACAACUAUGGCCUUAUAUUGGAGAAUAUUCAAAUAUAUUUUUAAAAGAAUUUAUAGAACCUCAAAUACGUUUACAAAUGCCUUCGCCUUUCAAAUCGUUUAAAUUUGUGUCGAUUGAUAUGGGGGAUAUUCCCUUUAGAGUGUCUGGAUUAAAAGUUUAUACAAACAAUGUUGGAAGAGACAAGGUUAUAAUGGAUAUGGACCUUGUUUAUGCUGGGGAUGCCGAAUUUACAGUUCAAGCUUGUGGCUUUAGAGGAGGGUUGAAACAAAUUGUGUUAUCUGGCAAGCUUCGUUGCACUCUCCAACCUUUGCUUCCUCACCCUCCAAUGGUUGGAGGAAUUUCAGGCUCAUUUAUUGAAUUGCCAAAAUUCGAUUUUGUAUUGACCGGAAUAGGAGAAUUUGUCCAAUUGCCAGGAUUAAUAGACGCUAUACGCUCUAUAAUAAAUUUACAACUAGCCAAUUUGGCCGUUUUACCCAACAAAAUUGUUUUCCCGUUAGCACCUAAUGUUAAUGUUUCUCAACUUUAUUUUCCUGAACCUGAUGGAAUUGUUAGACUUAAAAUUAUACAAGCUAGAAAUUUGGAAAAUAAAGACAAAAGCUUUUUUAAUAAAAAGAACUUGAGCGAUCCUUACUGUGAAAUACAACUUGGCUCUCAACAUUUUCUUACAAAAGUAAUCAACGACAAUUUAAACCCAAUUUUUAAUGAAUGUUUCGAAGCCGUUGUCGAUCAAGCAUCUGGGCAGCGUUUGCGUAUUGAACUUUUUGAUAAGGACUUGGCUGGGGCUGAUGAGGAAUUGGGUAGACUAUCCCUUCCAUUAGAUAGUGUUCGUCAGGCUGGGGAAAUUGAAAAAUGGUACCAAUUGGAAGGCUGCAAAAAUGGAGAAUUAAACCUUAAAGUUUGCUGGCUCGAUUUAAGCACAAAUGCUGUUGACAAACAACGAGAUGAGUGGGAGAGUGAAUGGCUAGGGGCUGAUAAACCAAUGCACCCAGCUUUGCUAAUGAUUUUUUUGGAUUCUUAUCCAAAAUCUGGUCUAGAACCUUCUCCACUUAUAGAAUUUUCACUUGGUUUAAAAAAACAACAAAGUCCAGUUAAAACUAGAACAACUAAUCCUCUUUAUCAGUGCAAAUUCAACUUUUUUGUUAAACAACCGGAGGGACAAGAGCUUAAAAUCCGAGCUUUAGACGAUGGAACCAAAAGAGAAAUUGGGGAAUUAUUAAUUCCAGUUAGGGUUGUUAUGAAAGAGCCAAACAUGGAAUUAACUCAACAAACAUUUUAUUUACAACAUGGAGUCCAUUCUUCCCCUAUUGUUUUGACUGUUCGGUUGAGGUUUUUUACUCCCCCAAAAAAUAUUUUGGAAAGAAAAGAAGUGGUUUAUGGCACUGAUGUUCAUAUUGAAAGAGGAAAUGGAAGUUUCUUGUCAGACAAAACACUUAUAGAUAAGCAACAACAAUUAACAAAAAAUAAGGAAAAUAAUAAUAACCAUCACCAAUUAAAUAAUAACCAAAAAUCGGAUACUGAACUUAAUUUUACCCCCGAAAACUCAACAAAUUUUACAGCAUUAGAUGAUCAUUUAAGACCCGAAUCGGCAGCUUCAGAACGUUCCAGAACCUCUUCCUAUUCUUACAAAAAAUCAAAAACUGGAAAUUUUUUGGGGAAAAUGAUUGGGCAGAAACAUUCAAAAAUAAAGAAUCGUCGCGAGUCUUCCAUUGGGCUAAGCAAAAUAAAUUUGGAAUUAAAUUAUGAUAAUGAACAGUUUAAAUUGGUUGUGAAUAUUGUUGAAGCAACAGGCCUAUUACCAAUAAGUAAAGACGGCUAUGCAGAUCCCUAUAUAACUCUACGUUUAAUUCCAAUAGAAGGACAAAGAGGAUUGGCAUCUGCUGGAAGUAUAUCUCCAGGAAAGGGAGGAAGGAAACAAACCAAAAUUGUGGAGAAUUGUUUAAAUCCAAUAUUUAAUGAAAUAUUUGAAUUUGGUUUUCAUUUUUCAGAAUUGGCUUAUUUCAAAUUAAUUUUAACUGUUAAAGAUGCCAGAAAUUAUGGAAUGUUUGAAAAAAGAGCGGUACUUGGAACGGCAGAAAUUCCUCUAAAAGACGUAGAUCCGUCAAAACCAAAAACCAACUUAUGGCUAGAUUUAACUAAUUAA